ACAUUGGAGCUUCCAUCAGGACUCCGGAGCUCCCAUCCAGAACUUUGCAGCCCAUCUUCAGAAGCACAAUGACCUGUGGAUCAGGAUUCUGUGGCCGCGCCUUCAGCUGCGCCUCAGCCUGUGGGCCCCGUCCCGGCCGCUGCUGCAUCACUGCAGCUCCCUACAGGGGCAUCUCCUGCUACCGCGGACUCUCAGGGGGUUUCGGCAGCCGCAGUGUCUGCGGGGCCUUCCGCUCUGGCUCCUGUGGACGCAGCUUCGGAUACCGAUCCGGAGGCGUCUGUGGGCCCAGCCCGCCCUGCAUCACCACCGUCUCUGUCAACGAGAGCCUGCUCACCCCCCUCAACCUGGAGAUCGACCCCAAUGCUCAGUGCGUGAAGCAUGAGGAGAAGGAGCAGAUCAAGUGCCUGAACAGCAGGUUCGCGGCCUUCAUCGACAAGGUGCGCUUCCUGGAGCAGCAGAACAAGCUGCUGGAGACCAAGUGGCAGUUCUUCCAGAACCGCAAGUGCUGUGAGAGCAACGUGGAGCCUCUGUUCGAGGGCUACAUCGAGACUCUGAGGCGGGAGGCUGAGUGUGUGGAGGCCGACAGUGGCAGGCUGGCUGCUGAGCUCAACCAUGCUCAGGAGGCCAUGGAGGGCUACAAGAAGAGGUACGAGGAGGAAGUUUCUCUGAGAGCCACAGCUGAGAAUGAGUUUGUGGCUCUGAAGAAGGAUGUGGACUGUGCCUACCUGCGCAAGUCAGACCUGGAGGCCAACACAGAGGCGCUGACCCAGGAGAUCGACUUCCUGAGGCGACUGUAUGAGGAGGAGACCCGCAUCCUCCACGCCCACAUCUCAGACACCUCCGUCAUCGUCAAGAUGGACAACAGCCGGGACCUGAACAUGGACUGCGUCAUUGCUGAGAUCAAGGCUCAGUACGAUGACAUUGCCAGCCGCAGCCGCGCAGAGGCCGAGUCCUGGUACCGCACCAAGUGUGAGGAGAUAAAGGCCACAGUGAUCCGGCAUGGAGAGACCCUGCGUCGCACCAGAGAGGAGAUCAAUGAGCUGAACAGAAUCAUCCAGAGGCUGACAGCCGAGAUCGAGAACGCCAAGUGCCAGAACACCAAGCUGGAGGCUGCUGUGACCCAGUCUGAGCAGCAGGGAGAGGCUGCCCUCACCGAUGCCCGCUGCAAGCUGGCUGAGCUGGAGGCUGCCCUGCAGAAGGCCAAGCAGGACAUGGCCUGCCUGCUCAAGGAAUACCAGGAGGUGAUGAACUCCAAGCUGGGUCUGGACAUCGAGAUCGCCACCUACAGGCACCUGCUGGAGGGCGAGGAACAGAGACUGUGUGAAGGUGUCGGAGCUGUGAAUGUCUGUGUCAGCAGCUCCCGCGGAGGAGUUGUGUGUGGGGACCUGUGCGUGUCAGGUUCCAGGCCGGUGACCGGCAGCGCCUGCAGCGCCCCCUGCAGCGGGAACUUGGCAGUGAACACAGGCCUGUGUGCACCCUGUGGCUCAGCUGUGUCCUGUGGCCGUAAAUGUUAAAAACUGCCUUCACAUCCCGGCCCCUUCAUAGCAUUUCAUCCUGAGUCAUCCCUGGCUGACCAAUAUUGGGACCUAGAAGAAGGGACUCAGCCACUCGCUCACUUUGAAAUGACCCUCACUCUUGGCCCCUCUGGUCUCCCUGGAGGACCCCCUUUGCUCUCAGAAGUGAAUACUGGCUUCUAGAAGUCCCUUUGGAGCUUCAGGGUGGGGAGUCUGGGGGCGGGGCUAGAAUACCACCUACCCUGCCUUAACUGUGAGCCAGCAGUUAGAACCACAGUCCCCCUCCCCUCUCUAAUCUCUGUCUUGAUCUGUUUCCAAUAAAUUAAUGUAGUCAACUCUG